CUCAGCGGCCGUCCCCGUCGCUAGCCCCGCCACCCUGCGCGUCCCCGUCGCCGCGCUCCCGCUUUCCCGCGACCCCUGAGCUCCUGCUCACUCGCUUGCCUGUCCCUUGCCUCUGUCGCCGCCACUGCGGGGCCAUGGCGACCCGCUUUCUGCUGCGGAGUUUCUGGGCCGCUCGUCCCGCGCUGCCGCCUUCCGGCCGCUGCCGCCGCCCGGCGCCCGCGGGAACCCAGCGUCGCAGCUACGCCAGCGGCCCCGCUGGCCUCCCCGCCGACCUACUCCGCGGGGACAGCUUCGUGGGAGGCCGCUGGCUCCCGGCCCCCGCCACCUUCCCGGUACACGACCCGGCCAACGGCGCCACACUGGGCACGGUGGCCGACUGCGGGGCGCCCGAGGCCCGCGCAGCCGUGCGCGCCGCCUACGAUGCCUUCUGCUGCUGGAAAGGGGUCUCUGUCAAGGAGAGGAGUUUGUUACUUCGUAAAUGGUACGACUUAAUGAUGCAAAAUAAGGACGACCUUGCCAAGAUCAUAACAGCCGAGAGUGGAAAGCCGCUGAAAGAGGCCCAGGGAGAAAUUCUGUAUUCUGCCAGUUUCCUGGAAUGGUUCUCAGAGGAAGCCCGUCGUGUUUACGGGGACAUCAUCUACACCUCUGCCAAGGAUAAACGGGCGCUGGUCCUCAAGCAGCCCAUUGGUGUGGCCGCAAUCAUCACUCCGUGGAAUUUUCCUAGUGCCAUGAUCACCCGGAAAGUGGGGGCCGCCCUGGCAGCUGGCUGCACUGUGGUGGUGAAACCUGCCGAAGACACGCCCUACUCUGCCCUGGCCUUGGCGCAGCUUGCAAACCAGGCAGGAAUCCCUCCAGGUGUCUAUAAUGUCCUUCCCUGCUCUAGAACCAAGGCCAAGGAAGUGGGAGAGGCGCUAUGUACCGAUCCGCUAGUGUCCAAAAUUUCCUUUACUGGCUCAACAGCAACAGGAAAGGUCCUGCUGCACCAUGCAGCAAAUUCUGUGAAACGUGUCUCCAUGGAGCUGGGCGGCCUCGCCCCGUUCAUUGUCUUCGACAGUGCCAACGUGGACCAGGCUGUCACGGGAGCCAUGGCAUCUAAGUUUAGGAAUGCUGGCCAGACUUGUGUUUGCGCAAACAGAUUCUUGGUACAACGGGGCAUCUACAAUUCCUUUGUGAAGAAGUUUGCAGAAGCAAUGCAGGAAAGCCUGCGUGUGGGUAACGGAUUCGAGGAAGGAAUAACUCAGGGCCCAUUAAUUAAUGAGAAAGCAGUAGAAAAGGUAGAGAAGCAUGUGAAAGACGCGGUUGGCAAAGGGGCCACCGUUGUGACAGGCGGGAAGCGACACCAAAGCGGGGGAAAUUUCUUCGAGCCCACCUUGCUCAGCAAUGUCACCAGGGACAUGCUCUGCAUCACUGAAGAGACCUUUGGGCCGCUGGCGCCGGUUCUCAAGUUUGACAAAGAAGAAGAGGCCGUUGCGAUCGCAAAUGCAGCUGAUGUUGGAUUAGCAGGGUACUUUUACUCUCAAGACCCAGCCCAGAUCUGGAGAGUGGCGGAGCAGCUGGAGGUGGGCAUGGUCGGUGUGAAUGACGGACUGAUCUCUUCAGUGGAGUGUCCCUUCGGUGGGGUGAAGCAGUCUGGCCUUGGGCGAGAAGGGUCCAAGUACGGCAUUGACGAGUAUCUAGAGGUCAAGUAUGUGUGCUAUGGAGGCUUGUAGGGCUCUUCGCUUCUCCAAAAAAUAAUAAAACCACCUAGAUCUGUAGGGACCUGCCAUCCACUUUUUAAAAUAAACAAGUAGGUUAUCAGAGUUAUGAAUUUAAAAAAAAAUUCAGCCAGUCUUCAUCAUCUUAGAUGUAAAUUCUCAUCCUGCCUGUAUAUAACUAGGGACCAAUAGAUGCCAUAUACCUGUGCCCACAGCACAACCCCACUGCCUCGGGACAAGGUACAGUGUGAGUGCUCACAUGUCCCUGCCCCUCACAAAGUGUAGUCACUGUGUGGGCAGUGGCUCCGCCGUCCCCAGGCAACUGCCCAGCUUGGGCCCAGAAGGCUGGGAAGGAAGUGCUGGGGUGAUAGACAUUUGGACGGGGGUGGUUCACACCUGGGCCUGGGCAUCUGUCAGCUUGGUAAUGAACAGCUGUGACAAAGGCUUUGAUUUCCUAAGACUUCUUUCUAAAUGGCACACAAUUGUCUGUACUAUAUGGAAUGAGGGGGUGUUUCUCUUUGUUUCUGGGCAGCUUUUCUUUCUUCUUUUUCUUUUCUAUUUUUUUUUUCUUUUGUGAGAUAGGGUUUCUCUAUGU